CUAAUUAGUCCUCUUACACAUACAUGUUUAAUGGUUGCUGCAGACGUUUCGUUCAAAAUCUUCAAAUUUGAAUGUGAGAGCGAACAAAUUAACAUAAUAAUCCCGCGCGACAAACAGUUCGGUGUGCACCUUUGCCUUUUGCUUUUCGCAGUUUGCAAGCUUUCAUGAAAAAAUGGCCUCGUCUUUCAAGUACCCAGACAUCACCCGGUCAGAGAUCAUCGGAUAUCUAGCUCAUUUCGGGUUCGCCAGCAACGUCACGGAGCAGGACCUUCUCAAUCCAACUCGUGAACUCGUCGAAAAUAUCUACACUCACCUUCUCAACUACUUAGACUUGAUCCAGGAGGAUGAUGAGCAGGCGGAUUUUGCGGCCUUGGAGGUGUUCCACAACCCGGAUCUCCAUGUUUCUACGGUUCCUGUCAUGAAUUUACUUCACAAGAUGAGAGGGUUAUUGGCUGCUAUCGAUUGCCCCGGCCAGUUCACUCUCUGGGAUUUAAUCAAGCCCGACCCUGAUCGCACCAAGCUCUUUCUUGGUUCUCUUCUCAAUUUCUGCACUCACAGAACCAUCAAGAUGGAUGAACUGACAUCACUAGCGGGUGAGUUGGAUGUUUUUGUGGAGCAAAAACAAGCCCUAGAGGAAAAACUAUCUCAGCUGAACGCAGAGAUUACUCAAUGCAAUGAAUUAAGAGCAAGGGAAGCACUCCUUGUGCAAGAAGAAGAAGCUAAAGUUAAGGAAUUGAAGCAGACUAUCGCUGGCCUCAACAACCAUCAGGUGUCCUUAAAGUCUGAAACAAGAAAGAUGAAGGAGAGGGCACAAGAGUUGGACGAGCUGACUUCCAAUGUGGAGUUUGAACUGGUACAAAGUGCUCAAGAAAAUGCCCAUUUACGGUAUAAAAUUGUUCAAUCUCCAGACAAGCUUCAGCGGGCGCUAGAGGAAAAAAAAUCUCAUCAAGUUGAGGCAAAGAAUACAGAAAGGGCAGCAAUGCAAGCCUUUCAGGAUAAGAAUGCCACUCUUGAGUUGUAUACAAAGGCUCUGAAGAAAAUGUCUAAAAGCUUGGAGCAGAUGAAGGCUAUACAAGAGCAGGCAAAUUCAGUUAAAUCAGUAGAGAAGGAAAUUAAGGCUCUCAAAUGUAAGCUGGGUGAAGAUGAAAUGUUAGACAAAUCACUUGACGCUAAACUGGUAGAAAAGCAAGGGAAAGCGGACCAACUGGAUGAAAUGAAAAAGAAAGUAGAGAUAGAAUGCAUACUCGCUCGUGAAGAGGCAACAAAAGAGCUAAACAAUGUGAAGUCUCAAGUUGAAUCAACAAGGAAUGGUCUUCUGUUGCGGAAAAAGCAGGUUGAAACGGUCAUUGCUGAGGGGGAUGCUGUUAAUGCAAAGAUUAUUUCGGUAGGAGAGAAUGCAGAAUCCCAAUGCCAACAGUUAAAACUUAAACAUGAGGAGGUUGCCAAAGAGUUUAUGAUGUACUCUAACAAAGUUGGCGACGUGUUGAAGCGCUAUAGAGUGGACCCACCCACCCAGCAGUAAUUCACACUGCAACUGAUUGCCCAAAAGAGAAUUGCUCGCGUCUCCCAUAAGUUCACUGUAACCAUAACUUCAUAACUUAAAGAACAGUUAGAACACAUUCACAAAGUUUUACCACAAAAUUUCAAUCAAAAGCAUCUUAAAUGGAGGUAGCCGCAUGGAGGAUCCUGUCAAGACGGUCUGAAUGGAUCAUUCUCCUAUAUAUAACGAUUAGUACGUAAUUGAUCAUUCAAUUUCAAUUAGAAGAUUGUACUUUAUUAUUGAGUAGAUGUGAGUGAAUCAUACGCAAUCUCUUUCCUUGAAACUUAGAAACUCUUCAAUUAUACUUUGAUUCAUGAACCUAUAAAAUCUUCAAAAUGUAUUUUAUCAACCGGCCUUUGUUUAUUCGUUUUUAUUUUUUUUUAUUGUAUAAA